ACACCAGUAUUGACAGCAAAGUUAUAAAUAGUUCACCUGUGUAUCACCACUCCCAAUGUCUGGACACAGAUGGAUAAGAACAAUAAUAAAAGAGCAACAGUAUUUAAUAUUUGAUGUAUUCAUACGUUUAGAAGUAUCUGCUGAUUCACUCUGAAUGUAUGUAAUAUAGAAUACAUCUGGUCAUGCAUGUGGUCCCCAAUCUACAUACCUGUGUAUAUAUAAGCCAUUUCCACAUACUAACACGUACACAGGUGUGAGUAAGGAGUGACGGGAAUAUCGUCAUGUUGACACAACAACAAAGCGGGCGGUUGGAGUGAAUUACUCUGAUAUAUAAAGAGAAGAAUCGAGUGGGAGAGCUUCUCAUACCGCAGAUCGAAAGCGAGCAAGCACCAUGGAGAGAGCCCCACGCGAUUUCGGGUCGGCCCCUGUUAUCAGUCACGAAGAAGUACACACAACGGCCCCAACUGCGUCACACAGCAUCGCUGUAGACCCUUCCGAAAAAUACAGGGCUGAGUAUAAUAAACACGACAAUAACGUUAACCUUGACCAAACGGCCGUCCCAGUUGUGGUUCAAGGAAGCAAACAGUCCGAGAAACCGAAAGACUUCGUCAACACUUCUUGUUUUGUAAUCCUCGCUUGUAAUUUCAUAUUUGGCCUCGUUGGCAGACAUUACGGACUAAAAUCAAAUUAUGCUUGGCAACUCGGCGACACGGAUACCGCAAGGAAGCAAUCCAAAAGGGCCUUGAUAUUCAAUGUCAUUGGUAUAAUAUGCGGACUUUUGACAUACACUUUGGCACUUGUACUCUAUUUAACAGUUUUCCGAUCUAAGGCACCACCUUUGAAACCAGGUACAUUUGGCUAAACCCGUCUUCCCGUCUCUUUCAUCUUUCUUUAUUAUCUCUAUAAAACCACCUUAUGGAAUGAAAGCAUACGUACACAUACCAACCGGACUACGAGGGAGCUUCUACAUGGUUGUUCAUCUUCGUGAUAAUGGUUAAAUCUUCCUCAAAUAAUAUACAAAUAAUAAUAAUAAUACAAUCGGAUUUUAAAAAAGAUGAGACAAAGGACAUAUUGAGGGAUGCGUAAAAACAGGGGCCACGAAUGGAAUGAACGGAAUGUCUUUAAUCACAGGUGGGGUUUAGGGUUUGUCUUGACCUAUUCAUAUUCAACUAUUUCUGGCAGGAAUACAAAUACAGAAAAAAAUGUUUAAAUUUACAUGGAAAAAAGAAAAAGAAACUUGUUCUCGGAAUCGAGCCAAAUUCAGGAUUUAAAGAAGAAAAAAAGUGUUGAGGAGCAUUGUAAAUAAUUAUUUUCAAUAAUUUGGUUUAUAGCAAAAAAAAAAAAAAAAUGCAGUAUAAUCGAUUCAAAUUUGGUUUAAAUUGUUGGAUUGUGUUUUGACAAAAUAU